AUGAAGCCCAUCAUGGUUGCGGCCGUGUUGCUGGCGAUGGCGGCGUUGCUGAUCAACACCACCACCGCGUUUCAACCGAACCAGCCCAUAUUGAUUGAGGUGGACGAGGCGCCUGCCACCAUGAGCGUUGACACAUCGCAAACUACAGACGCAGAGCCCAUAUUGAUUGAGGUGGACGAGGCGCCUGCCACCAUGAGCGUUGACACAUCGCAAACUACAGACGCAGAGACGCGCGUGCGCCGGGAUGAUGCGUUGACCACGUACAAGGCGACACUGCCGUUUCACAACCGGCUCCUGAUCCAUUGGACCGGGAAAGGCAGCAAGAUCAUGUUUGCCAUCGCCUCCGCCUCUGCCACGGGCCCCACCACCCUGUACCGCUCAACCGACUACGGCGCCCACUUCAAGGACGAGACCAGCAAGCUGAGCCGCACCCUGCACGUGAGCUCCUUCCGCCCAAGCCCGCACGACUCACAGCACAUUGUGGUGGUGGAUGCGGUGCAGUCGCGCGUGUACAUCACGGAGAACGCCGGCUCCUCUUUCGACAGCGUCAACCCGGGCUUCACGCUCGUCUCCGCACACUUCAACCCGCUUAUUGACGGCGUGAUGUGGGCCGAGGAGGCCGCUGGCGACAAGUACUUCCUGCGCGCGAGCAGAGACCGUGGCCGCACGUGGUCUGACCGCCUCACCGACGCCAGCCACCGCGACUGCGAGCUUGACCGUGCCUUCUGGUCACGCCCAGCGUGGCACGCACAGGACAACAACGACACGCUCUACGUGACAUGCAUUGCGCAGGGCUCGCUCUCCAUGCUGCGCGUGGCGUCUGUGAGUGGCAGCGGGGUCCUGCGUGGACAGGACAUCACCCCAGUUGACAUUGCAAACGACCUCUCCCCAGGCACGUUCAACCUGAUCAACGAGUACAUGUUCAUCUCCUCGGAGGAGGAGAGCAACGACGAUGACGACGAUGCCAGCCACCACAGCGGCGGGCAGGCGGGCGGCCACGGCAAGCACCGCGUCGUGUAUGUGUCGACCGAUCGCGGCGCGUUCCAGCCAGCCAUCUUCCCUGCAGACGCAGGGCACGUGCUCAACUAUGAGAUUCUGGACGCCACGGAGGACGAGGUGGUGCUGGCCGUGCUGCACUCGGACACGUGCAACAUCUACAUUUCGCCACGCGACGGGCGCGAGUUUGUGCUGUCGCUGGCGGACGUGGUGAAGACAACAGACCGCGAUGGCGAUCAGCUGAGCGACGUGGACUUCCAGCGCAUCAAUGCGCUCAGCGGCGUGUAUGUCGCCAACAAGAUCAACAACACCCGCGUCGUCACCCUCAUCUCGUACAACAAGGGCGCAGAGUGGGAGCGCGUGCGUCCCCCUCCAUCCUCCUCCUCCUCCUCGUCCUCGUCCUCGUCAUCCAACUGCAUGCUGCCUGACUGCAGCCUGCACCUUGGCAUGUCGCGCCUUGCCCUCUAUCUCGGCUACCAGUACAACAUGCUCUUCUCCAGCCGCUCUGCGCCGGGGGUGAUCCUGGGCAACGGCAACACGGGGUCGGUGCUCAGCGUCACGCCCUCCGCCUACAUGACGGUCGAUGCGGGCAUCACCUGGUCCAAGGUGUCCAACCUUCCCCGCGAGUUUGUGACUGUCGACCACGGCGGCGUUCUGGUUGGCGUGCAGCCGUAUUCCUCACGGACACAGGCCGUCAAGUCGCUGCUCUACAGUGUUGACGAGGGCAACACGUGGGAGGAGUACAUCUUCACCUCCACCCCGCUGCACGUGGUGCGCAUGCUCACGGAGCCCGGCGAGACGUCCACCGUCGUGUCGCUGUGGGCGUACAACGACCCGGCUGCCACGGGCGAGGCCCGGCAGUGGCACAUCAUCUCCAUCGACUUUGCGGGCCUGCUCGGGCGCGAGUGCACGGCGUCGGACUACACGACGUGGUCGCCGCGUGACAUCAAGAGCCCCGUCGGGUGUCUCCUCGGGGAGCGGGACGUGUUUGAGCGACGGAAGGCGACCAGCAAGUGCCUCAACGGCCGCGACUACGACCGCCCCGUGAGCACGCACGCGUGCGCGUGCUAUGCUGAUGACUACGAGUGCGACGAAGGGUUUGAGCAUGCGGAGGAUGAUGCUGACGUGUGCCUGCCCGUUGGCGGCGGCAAAGCCACCAUCCCUGCCUGCACGUACCGCGGCCAGACCAUUCACGUUUCCCGCGGGUACCGGAAGGUUGCCGGCAACAAGUGUGCUGGCGGGCUCGAGCACGCGUUUGCGCCUGUGGAGUACCAGUGCCCGGACCCGUGCCCCGUGUCAGAGUGGAGCGAGUGGAGUGCGUGCGACCUGUGUCUCGAUCGCAUCACGCGCCGCACCCGUCACCCGCUCAACCCGGACCAGCCAACAGACUACUGCGGCGCCCUGCAGGAGAUGAAGCCGUGCGAGCUGGCAAACUUUGACGACGUUGUGUCUGUGUUUCCCGAGACGCUGCACACGCGGGUUGGCGACAGCGUGAUUCUGUCUGCGCUGCUUGACAACGUGACGGUGACGUGCAACGACGGCUCCACAUCGGGACCGCACCUGGAACUCGAGUGGGAGAUUACAGACACGCACGGCAACCCUGUUCCGCACGCGUACGAGCCGUACAACGCGAAUCUGCCCGUGGCCACGAACCGCGACGUGUUGGAGAACAUCAAGUUUGUCACCGCCGGCGUCUACACGGCAAAGCUCACCAUCAGGAACGGCGACAAGUCCGACUCGGACGUGGCGACAGUGGUCGUGUACCACGGGAUGGGGUGGGUUGAGGCUGCAUGGCACGGCAGCGCAGACCUCUCGCGCUAUUCGCACCACUACGAGGAGCUGAUCAAGGAGACGGCUGCAGAGGCGCUGCGGGAGACGCUCGGCCUCAGCACGCGCAUGCUGGACGUGGAGGAUGUGUGGGUGUACAGCCACGAGGCAACGGUGUACGGGCGCGUGUACCUCACUGACCCCAACGUCAACGCCACCGCGUACUUUGGGCGGCUCGACGCCACCUUGAAGCAGGCAGCAAAGAGCGGAAGCUCGGGGCUGACGCUGACGCUGCCUGGACCGCAGACGUUGAGCGUGAUGGCCGGGUCGACCUCGGUCACGCACGCAGUUGAUCCCGAUGCAUACACGGACGACGACGACGGUUCGUGGUUCUACAGCUCGUCCUCCACAACCACGACCACGCACACGCCGUGGCACGAGAAGUCGUCCAAGGCGCCGAGCCCCGGGCUGAUUGCGGUGCCGGUGGUGCUUGUGGUGCUGGCGGCUGUUGGCGGCGUCAUGUACUGGAAGGCCCGCAUUGGCCGCUUCAACAACGUCCAAUAUCUUGGCGACGACGAUGAAGCCGAUGCCCUCGACUCUGAUGAUGACGACGAGAUGAUCGAGCCACAGCUCAACAGGCGCCCCGACCACGAGAUCAUUGCUGGCGGCACCAACGAGGGUUUCACUGCCAACGUCGACUACGAGGCGACCUCCCAGGACGAGCACGUGGACCACGACUCCUGA